GACACGUGUUCAACGACACGUGUUCAACAUCUGACUAUACAUGUUCAAGCACGUCUCACACGGCUAGGUCAGGUCAGGUCAGGUCAUAGGGCUUUACGUGCACAUUCAUAACAAGCUGUUGUAGCGCACGCCUCACUCGGCUUUCUGUGGCGCACGUCGUUAUAACAGAAUGAUGUCAUAAUCUAUAAAUAGACUGGGCAUUUCCCCUACUGAGGCUAGCCUACUCUAUACGAAACGGCAUUUUAGGUUCACGGAAAGUAAGAAGGUACUUCCUUCAGUAUUACUGCCAUUUCAUCAGUGUCACUACUCAACACUUCUUUUAACAGAUUCUUCGGCAGUCGUAUUCAUCUAUACAGUGAAAUAUUAAUUUAGAUGGAUUUAAAAAACACACAUGUUCAUCGCUACCAGAAUAGUGAGUUUCCACAACCGUCAACGAUGAUUCGUCAGUAUUGCUAUGUGGACAAUGUCUGUCGUAGGCGGUGUUUAGUAACAUGAAGGCUAAGUGGCCACUGCUCACACAUUAUUGGGCUCUUAAAAACCUUACAAGGAUUCAAGCUGCACAAUUUAACAUCAGUCCCAGAACAGCAGAGCUGUACGAGCAUUCCAAGACAGUGGGGACAUCCAAGAGGGAUAAAAAUAAAGCCAAUACCAAUGCGCCAUGUUGUGGUGGAAAGACCCACAGCAGAAGUCAGAAAACGAAAGCCUGUGUUGCGUCAGUUGGACACACAGAAGAAUCUUCUGAUGUUAAAAAACUGAGACAACUCGAUGGAACGUCACUGGGAUAUAGUUUAUCAGAAGAUGGACCUACAGUGGAUACACCUUUUGGGAAAGUACCUGUUGGCUCACUGUUAUCAUAUCAGACAAGAAACUUCACAAAUAUAGAAGCCUCUGUGGGAACUGGAUGCGGCAAUACACUAUUUCCAAAAACAGCACCCGUAAAGUUAACAGUCUCAACUGCUAUAAUGGCAUACUCUAGACUGAUUCUGUUGCUGAUGGUGACGUUCUGUUUGAUCGUCAAAUCAUCUUGCCGUUCCAAUUUCGCCUCCUCAUCUCCGCGACGGCUGAGACGUGUCAACAACAGAGCGGGUGAAUCUAAUAAAUUCCGGCUGUUGCGAGAUCGCCAGGAUUUUCUCAGUGUAGCAUUUUUAUGUUGGUGAAGUUGUCACACGUUACUACGCAACUAUUUGUCAUAAGUGCACACUUUGAUGUUCAAUUUGGUAUAAUAAAUAUAUGAACAAGACAA